GUUUUGAUGUAGCUCCAGACGAUGGAUUCAACUGCGGAACCGGAGAAACCAAUUUAUUUAACGUAUUUAAAUGGAACAGGAUUUUGUUUUAAUGUCGAUGAUUACAUGAAGAUUCGAACAGAAUUCAGAGUCGUCGGUAGCUUAGUUGGGACGUGCAAUAUUCGCGGAUGGACACCGGAUGUAAAUGGUUUACCUGCCGAGUUCAAUGGCUACGAAACACAACUUCUCAUUGAAAAAGGAUUCGCUCAUUUAGUUAGUAAGGAUUCACUAAACCACGCACCGAAUAACGAAGAGCGGAAGAAUUAUCAGGAAUUGUUGGAGAAGCGGAUCAACGAACAAGAAACAUUACUCAAAACUGAAAAAUUGAGAGAGUCUGAGAAAAAUAUAGAAAAGAUAUUAGCGGGAAAGCGGAAAAAGAUGCUUAAAUCAGGAAUUAAGCAGCAAGAUAUAAAUCUGACUCCUGCCAUAGUUUUGAAUGAAAUUGCGGAAAACCUGUCGUUCGAUAAGCAAAACGCCUUGCUUGACAUUCCAUGCGAACAUCCAUUCGAUCACGAAGGGACCAUUGUGAAACUUCCCAGAGAUAAAUCUUUAAAAUAUCAAGUAUUCCUAGACCUUUGGGAGAGAGGAAUGUUUGUGACGUCCGGUGAGGCAUUCGGAGCUGAUUUUAUUGCUUAUCCCGGAGAUCCUAUGAUGUUUCAUGCAUCUCACAUUGUCAUCGUUAUGAAUGGAACAGAAAUUUCAAAAACUGAUCUGAUAACAAAGGGGCGGCUAGCGGUAACCGUGAAUAAGAUUUGCAUUUUUGCUUAUAGUGUUAAUGAUGAAAGCAUGCAUGAAAGUGAAGAAAGUGAUUGUAGACCUAAAAUAAGAUAUCAAACGCUUCAUUGGGAGGGAUGCAAAGACAACGCGAAGAAAACGUAAUAAAAAUAGUUAUGCAAGGGAA